AGAUGUCAACAAUCCGCCUCGGGGAGACACCGCGGGGAAUCCCUGGUGCCAGGUGCUCACCUUACGAUGGCCGGUAUCAGGACGUAUGGCCGGCAUGUACGCGUCGGAAACUGGAGCGAGGAUGUUGUUCUCGACGAGGAAAUGCUGAAGGACUUCCUGGAGAAGAAAGAGAAAGGAGAGCUGGUUUUCCAGAAGACAAACCUUGUAAAACAGAAUAUGUUGAAAAAGAUCGACUUGACAGUAACAACUGAUGGAUGGUUACACUUCGGGGACGUGGUGAUACUGGUGAACCCUGGGGGCGAUCAGGGUGAGCAUUCGCUAGGCUGGCAGACGAAGAGAGAUGCAGCGGCCGUUAGUAUGCAUUUGGAUCCUAGCUCCGCUGCAAUGAGCUCACUUACCCAGACGCCCCGCGAGGUCACCGCGACCAGAGCCGUGGAAUCUUGCGGCAGGACUGCCUUCGUCGUCACCAGCGUUGAUGGGACUCCAGAGGGGGAAACCGUGAAAUAUAAUCAGAGUUUCGCCUUUCGUUUAAAAGAUGCGUUUGCUGGUGAGCUGUACCUAGCGAGUGACCAGCGGACGUUCCUGAAAUGUGCCAGGAGGUCCCGCCUACAGGAGGUCAGCCUGUCCAGCCACACAUCCUUCUUCACCUGCUGGCAGGUGGUGUACCUAGACCCGCAGGAACGCAUGGAGAACGAGGGUCUUCCUGUUCCAGUAAAUAAAAAGGUCCUUAUCACUCACUGCAAGACAAACCAGUGCUUAGCUGUACUUGGAAAUUAUGUUUUGUGGACAGCCUAUGGAAAGGAGUAUGAGGUGGUGGCCCAGACCUUCCUGGACUCCCACAAGGCUGAGCGGGAGAUGAACCACUGGCUGCUGGUGACUGCAGACCCCGCUGUGCAGGGACAGGCCAUGACAGACAGACCCCACGCAAUGGCCGCCAUGUCAGCCACUGAGGAUUCCCAACACCGUGGCACUGAAGGCGGUGCUGAGGAAGAGCAAAACAUGUAGUAAAUUAAAGUCACCUUUGGAAUUUUUUUCUAUAUUCUUUAAUAAAAUAUCAUUAAAUUCAUUUAAAAUUUAAAUAAUUUCAAAUUGCAUUAGCUAUAUUCUGCUGUAACAUCUAAUAACAUACUUCAUAAGAUUGCUGUGCUGAAAAUAUGUAGUAAUUUACGUCCUUUUCCAACAGAGGGCGAGAGCAGCUUACUUUAUGUAGCAGUAGACCUGUAACAUUACUAAGGUGAUAAAAUGUGUUCUGUCAUGCAGAUAUUUAGCUGUUAACAGUCUAAACUGCUUUGUAAGUUUCUUAUAUACCAUCUCAUGUUUUUUUCCCUUAUAAAAAAAAUCAUCCAUCCAUCUAUCAAGUUAUAUCCAGGGUCUAAAGUUGUCGUUCUCAAUAACUUUAAUGUUCCUUAGAAUGACUAUUUAAAUUACAUUGAUAUUUAAAAAUA